AUGGUGUAUGGGGGCAAGCCGAGCACGGGAUGUUACUUGUGUCGCAAGCGGAAGAUCAAGGCAAGUCCCUCGACGCGAACUCCUGAUAGUGGGGCUUGCGCUCUUUACAUGCUCCUGCAGCGAACGCGGAUCUAUCAUAUGAUAAGCGCUGAUACCAUAUCCAGUGUGAUGAAGCUCGUCCUGGUUGUCGAAAUUGUGACAUCUACGGCCGUCCAUGCCCGGGCUACCGGCCCGACGCGGUCUUUCGCAACGAGACUAGGAAAGUUGAGCGACAACCCCGAGCCUAGCUCAUCUCCAUCUUCCUCUCAAAGUCUCAUGGUCGUCGACCGCCAGCAUCGGCCCAGCCCUACUCUAAGCCUCCAUCGCAUCGCAGAUGCCACCUGGGAGGAUCGUGCACUAUGUUACUUCUUCGACCAGUACACCGUCGCUGACAACAACGAAGAGGGUAUAGGUGGGCAUCUCGAGUAUCUCCCUCCUCUUUAUGCACGUGCCGCCAAGAUCGAAAGCACCGCAAAAGGAUCCCCCGCUGCGUGUCUACGGUUGGCAGUCGACGCUACGGCGCUCAUGACUCUUGCAAAUUCUUCAAAUGCCCCGCCUCUGAUGAUCAAAGCUCGACAUGAGUAUGGAAAGGCUUUACGUGGAUUGAGAGAAGCACUGGCCUCGCCUGAUUCCGCUGUCAAGGAUGAGACGUUUGCUUCAGUGAUGCUUCUUUCGCUGUAUGAAGAUAUCAGUGGCGAGAGGAAUGGGCUAUUCAGCUCACACACGGCUGGCUUUGAAUUUCUCAUGAAGUUGCGAGGCGAGGGACAGCUGAAUCACCGGCGCGGUCGGGCUAUGUUCAACUUUGCCUAUGCACAUACCUAUGUUGAGAUUUUGGCAUUAGGAGAUAAGCCACGACAUGACAUCGACCGGGUCUUGGGAUCACUGGACGGCAACGACCCCGUCGAGGGCUUGAUGCUCGCAGCAUCCAGGAUCAGCCAGCUCUUUGUGUCAAUGCAGACAGUACGCACUCCUCCUGAACUGGUCACUGUAGUACAAUGGAUUGAAGCCGGUCGCCGAUCCGAUGAGGAGCUCUCACAGUGGCCCUUACAACUUCCCGACCGCUGGUUGCCACUAGUCGUCUAUUCCUCAACAGGCGAACCUCUAAUGGUGUACAAAAGCGUCGCAAAUGCAGUUAUCUGGAACUACUACCGUGCAGCCCGCGUCAUGCUUCAGCAACUCCUCUUUAGCAUCAACCGCACCUACCUCUCUAUCAAAAGGAAAUCCCGAAAGCCUGAUGAUCCAUCCCAGGUGGGAUCAGUUCUCGACGAAGCUGCUCUGUGUGCAGUCGUCCAAGAAAUGACCACAGAUGUCUGCAACAGCAUUCCAUUCUGUUUAUCAGAUGUUGACGAAUUAGGUCGACCCACCAGCUCGCGCGGCGGCAAACCUAUCCGCGCCGCGCAGGCCCACGGUCUGAUUUGGCCUUUUUGGUAUAUCCUAUCCUGCGGUAUGCCGACCGAAGCACAGUCCAAUCAGAUCCGCGAAGUGCUGUGGCGUAUCGGAUCCACGCUCGGUAUCAAAUUGGCGUUGAUGCUGGCACGUGAGGCUGAACGUAUGCGCAGCGAAUCUUCGGCACAUGCCGUCGGCUUCUCGGGCAGCUAG